GAAACUUUUGUGCCAGGAUGUGAAACACGAUUAUUUUGGUCUUUAAUUGUUUAUGUUUUUCUGUCAAAUCGCUCUAAAAAUUUUGGAAAAAUCGCUUUUUUGUGCAAGUUUUUCCGAUUUUUGUCAGAAAAAAAUAUUUAAAAAGUGGUAAAAAUAGAGGGUUUAACAAGAAUUGCCGGCAAGCUGAGAAAAAUGCAGAAGUACGAAAAAUUGGAGAAAAUUGGCGAAGGAACGUACGGAACAGUUUUUAAAGGUAAGAAUCGAGAUACUUUGGAAAUCGUGGCAUUGAAACGGGUCCGUUUGGAUGAGGAUGACGAAGGAGUACCCAGUUCCGCGCUACGGGAGAUUUGCCUACUGAAGGAGCUCAAGCAUAAAAACAUAGUUCGUCUUUAUGAUGUGCUUCAUUCCGACAAGAAACUAACACUGGUAUUUGAGCAUUGUGACCAAGAUCUAAAGAAGUACUUCGAUAGUUUAAACGGAGAGAUUGAUCCGGAUGUAGUAAAAAGUUUUAUGUAUCAACUGCUGAGAGGUCUAGCCUUUUGUCACAGCCACAACGUUUUGCAUAGAGAUCUGAAACCGCAGAAUUUACUCAUCAACAAAAAUGGAGAGCUAAAACUGGCUGAUUUUGGACUUGCCAGGGCGUUUGGAAUUCCGGUCAAAUGCUACUCUGCCGAAGUGGUGACGCUAUGGUACCGACCUCCGGACGUGCUGUUUGGAGCAAAGUUGUAUACCACUAGCAUUGAUAUGUGGUCGGCUGGUUGCAUCUUCGCUGAAUUAGCUAACGCCGGAAGGCCACUUUUCCCCGGAUCCGAUGUUGACGAUCAGCUGAAACGAAUCUUCAAACUGUUAGGAACUCCAACCGAGGAUACAUGGCCAGGAAUUACACAGCUGUCCGAUUAUAAGCCUUUUCCGCUGUACCCGCCAACAACUUCCUGGAGUCAAGUUGUUCCCCGGUUGAAUUCGAAAGGUCGUGAUUUGCUUCAAAAACUUCUCAUAUGUCGUCCCACGCUGCGGCUCAGUGCUGAGCAAGCAAUGGCCCAUCCGUACUUUACGGAAAACUGAAAACGAUUAUAGCAGCUGAAAUCGUUUCUCACGAGCAAUAGCAGCACCCAAAGGAUAACCAAUCGGAGUGGAGAAUCAACGACCGCGGCCAUCGCAUUCAGUUCCAGGCCAAAUGCUACAGCAAUGGAUACAAUUCUUGAGUAAAAUUAUUCAGUGAGUUCCAGGCGUUUGCCAAUCAUGUUUCAAUAGAUUAAAGUAGACGGCUUUACUUGCAACGUCCCAAAAGGCUGUAUAAUUUGUAAGUACUUUUGCUCGUUAAGAGAGAGAUUAUGUUUUUUAGAACAGAUUGUGAUUUUAUAUUUUCAAAUAAGCGUUUAUUUCUUCUCAUUCAUUUUGCCUUUUUCAACAGCUUAAAUUGAACGUUUUAUAAAUAUCAAUUGCAUGUAGACAUCAAUUGGAAACCAUUUCUCGAAAGUAGCUGAUGUUUUUGAAACAUCAGGUUGUCAAUAAAACAUUUCGCUGAUAGAGCGGAAGUAAACGUUUGUAUCGAAUGUGUGCGUGUGAACUAUCCAAUAAGCGAUAACAUGAUUAGGUUUAUACUCGAUAGUCAUUCCCAGACCACAAUGUCAGCCUAUUCAAAGCGUGCAUAUAAACCGUACAACUUUGAAGAACAUUUGAGCAUUACGCCAAAUAUCUAUAGUGCUACGAUUUCUGAAGUACGAUAAAAUUUAUUAUUUUUUCAAAUGUAUGUAGAGUAGCAAUAAACUGUAAUCUUCUGGCAUUCAAA